ACUCACACGAGAGAGGAGAGACGAGACGACAAUUUUCAGGUUCAGUUACCCGUUGGCCAUCGGAGUGUAAGGUUUGUGUCGCUCUGAACUGCAAAUGACACGUGCAAGGAUAUAUUAUUAAAAAUCGUCGCUGUGACGUCAUUCGCUGUCCUAAUGACUGACGCCCAUCCUGCUGAGGGCGCCGCCGGUGACAGAAUCUUGUUGUGGGCUGUGAGGAAGUAAGCGACGAUCUCAAGACGAUCCUAAGACGAUCUCCUGACGAUCUAAAGACGAUCUUCCGACAAUCUCCUGCGAAUUCCUGACGAUCUGAAGACGAUCUCCCAAGACGAUCUUACGACGAUCUCAAGACGAUCUUCCGACGAUCUCGAGACGAUCUUCCGACGAUCUCGAGACGAUCUCCUGCGAAUUCCUGACGUUAGCUUCCCCGGAUGAGGAAGGGAUCGCAGAUGAACGGAAAGGCGAUGGACAAGAUGGAGAACAAGAAGCUGGCUUGGUCCAGGGCGGCUCUGGGAGACGAUCCGGAAGAGGAGGACCUCUCUGACGAAAGGAAAGGCGCCCUUUGUUGCUGCAGGUCUACUUCCGGUUGUGGUCCCUCCUGCUCCAUAUUUUGGAAGUACGUCUUUGGGCGCGCCUUCAAGAUGUCCAUGUACGUCCUAGACAUCGUGACAGACGUCUCCGUGGCUGUGGCUGACUACAGGAGAGGAGAUUUGGCCUUCGCCGCCAUAACCCUGGCCCUAGUCUUCACUCCCGGGUUUCUGUUCGCCCUCUUCGCCUUCACGCAGGUCCUCUACAACACGACGGGGCUUCUGACGUGCAUCAAGGCGCCCUUCUGGCUUCUCGUCUUUCCGGUGCUGCCUCUUUGGCCGGUCGUCAGGGACCUCCACCAAAUAUAUCACGGCAUCAUGGCCCUGUUCCCUUCGAGCAGACAGCACCACCUGAAUAAUCUGAACAGGCCCAGCCGUGCCUACCUGGUCAAGUUCCUGGAAGCCUUUACGGAGUCAGCGCCGCAGAUAUUACUCAGGCUGUACAAGAUCACGAUACGGAGGAUGGACAUGCCCUUCUACGACAUAGAACCGAUCGAGUACUUCCAAGUGACUCUCUCUCUCGUAACACUGGCCGCGAACAUCAUCUCCACGUACCAGAAGAGCAUCUCGACAGCGCAAAUCGUCAGCGGGGAGAUGGACCAGCACGAGAGGUUUCGAUUGCCCUGUCACACUCAGAUCUUCAUCUUCUUCUGGUGGCUGCCUUUCCUGAUAGCCCGUUUCCAGUCGAUGGCCCUUUUCGCCGGAGCGCUGAAUUGGUGGAUCUUUGUCGUCAUAGGGAUCCACGUGGUCAUCGUCUUUCUCUUCCAGACGGUCGCUGCCGGGAAGGACCGGGUCAAGAGGGUCUUCAUCUACCUGUUCAGCGGCUUCGUGUUCAUUUUCACCUACCUGCAGUUCAACAUGAAGCCUAGAAUGAAGGUCACCCCGUGGUUCCCGUACGCCAUUUAUGUCAUCGUGGUGUUUAUCGAAAACUCUGUGAUGCUGGUGGCGUGGUUCUUCCACCAGCAGAACACGGUGGCAGCCUUGACGUUAUUCACGCCAGAAGAAAAAGAAUCGCAGAGGACGCAUCGGGUGUACCUCAUCUUCUUCCACUACGCCGUCUUCUGCAUCGCUGUCAUCAUGAUGAUCCUGACCUUCUGCUGUGCUCCGAAGAGGCCUGAGAGUAGUAAGAAGAAGGAGGAGAAGAAGAAGGAACGGAACAAUGCACACGAGUUGACAACACCCCAAGAGCUGACUCCAACUUGGAAGAAUGCACACGAGUUAACAACACCCCAAGAGCUGACUCCAACUUUGGUGACUAGUACCCAAGAACUGACAGCCACUCCCAAGGCCUCUUAGUAUUGUUUACUUUUACUUUGAUGAUGCUGUAGGUUUCAGAAACUGUUUUACUGCAGGUCAUACGGAGCAUUUAGGGGUACAGUACAGUAUAGCCUUAAUUUACCUUAAUUAUUCAAAAACAGUAUUUUACUGACGUAGUCAAGUUUUUUAUAAAUCAUGUUGAUUAUAUAAUUAUCUAAAGGUAGACAUAAAUUUGUAAUCAUUGCAAUUCUAUAAGAAUUUAAACUCAGUUUUUGCAUUACCUCGCCGAGGUCUGAAACACUAGACAUACUAUGAGAGGGUCAUUUCACUGUAUAAGACAGGACUUAUGAAGUUUUAUUUUUGUACGAAAAUGGGAAACGAUAAAUAAAAACACUUCGUCUGUCAAUAAAAAAUUAAUGCUUUGCUAGUUGGACUUUUAUCUAUGUGAGUUUAAGCAAGGGAAAGGAAUAUCUGUGCAAGGUUAAGCAGGGGAAAGGAAUAUCUACAUAUGUGAGGUUAAGUAGGGGAAAGGAAUAUCUAUGUGAGGUUAAGCAGGGGAAAGGAAUAUCUAUGCGAGGUUAAGCAGGGCAAAGGAAUGACUGCAUGCUUCAAGAAGGUAAGCUAAAUGGUUACUAUUACCGCAGCAGCAGCAGCAGCAGCAGCAGCUGCUGUAUCAGGUUAGCUGGAAGGGACAUAAAUGAAACCAGUUUGCCAAGUUUUGAGAGAGAAAGAAAACAGGAAAAUAAAACUUUAGUAGGAGAUUUAGGAAAGAUAGUGACGUUCAGUAGAAAGUCGAGAAAAGUACAGUUAAAUAUUUUGAAUGACAAUAGUUUUGCAGACUAUGCUCACAAAAGCACGACAGUGGUUGCGAAGCCUGAAUGGUACUGGGAAACUGCGUUUUCUGAUAUGUACAAGUAAUGAAGCAGGAGAUUGUAAAUAUUCAUUAUACUCUCCAUAGCAAACACCAAGCAAAUUCUAGUUAAGAUAACCAAACAUUAAUGAAAAUGCCAUUACAGUAACACCUCAACAUGACUAUAGCUGGUUCACUUAAGGUAGAUUCUUGGGUGAGCCCUAUAUCUACGAGACGUUUGUUUGGCGGGCGCCGAUUGGCUGGGAGCUGCCUACCUCCCAGUACCAGCCAAUCAGCGCCCGCCAAACAAACGUCUCGUAAGCAUACGACUCAUCCAAGAAUCUACCUUAAGUGAACCAGCUAUACGUGCUUACCGCCUCUAAUGAUGCUAUUUUUAACCAUGCCAUCAUCUUUGAUGUGAUACGGUAAAAAAUAAAUUUCUUAAGUUGAAAGUUAGGUGUAAUGCACAGCUUACUUUAGGUUAGGAAUUAAGAGGAAUUGCUGUUGGCUCUAUGACAGCUAGAAAAUAUGUAAGUGCAAGCUACAUAUAACACAGGGUCUUUGUUACUUAUCACAUAGCCAGGCAACCAGGGUCUGAUAAAAUGAGGUGUUACCGUUCAUAUCGAACAAACCACUGCCUUAGCCUUUGGGUAAAACCUUUGCCUGUGCCUUGCCAUCUGGUGAAGGAAGAUGAUUUAAACUGGUCUUCGGAAGACUUUAUACACCUGGCAUCUCUCCUCUGCCACCCUCAUUGCUUUAUUAACUUUGGUUUUGAUGUCGACUAGCAACUCACUUGCCCUGAUAUCUGACACCAUUCAAGUUGAGAAACACUCCAAAUGACAUUCUAGCUACUACAAUAUGGAUUUGAUGUCAGCUACCGACUAGCCAGCUCUGAUAUCAGCCAUUCAAGUUGAUAAACAUUUUAGCAUUUGGAAACAUAUUCCAGCCCCUACAAUUUACAGGGGAAAAAUGCAGUACACGGUUUUUAGGGUCAAACUUCAAUGUUAGGCCAACUAUAAAAACUGCCUCUUGAAGCCGUACUUUUGAAACUUUUGCCACUCCACGUUGCCAUGACGCUCACAGGCUAGGUUUUACAGAGGGCCGUGGAGUUAUGAUGUCAUUAAACCCCUUUUCUAGCUUUAAAUUUACUGAGAGGAGAACAGUGACUGAGAAUUUAGAUUAAAAACAGUGUGUACUUUAUAUUCAUAAAUUAAAGUGUACUACUUUAGUAUAUUUUGCCACGUAAAUUAUUCUCAAAAGCAAAUGAAAUUGCAAUUUUUUUUAUUUAUUUAUUUAUUUAUUUUUUUACAAUCUUACCCAGUUUUGAUGUGUUUCUGCACCCUCAGGCCCACACAGUUAUGGCGGUAGUCCCAGCGCUGUCUCAUUUCCACAAAUUGUUCUCUGAACCAAAAAUAUGACUGUAAGUUUGCACCUACAAAACAAGAAUAUGACGGCUUAAGUUUGCCUUUCUGAAACAAGAAUAUGAUACCUGAAGUUUGUUUGUUUGUAUGGUAUUUUUACGUUGCAUAGAACCAGUGGUUAUUCAGCAACGGGACCAAUGGCUUUGCUUGACUUCUGAACCACGUCAAGAGUGAACUUCUAUCACCAGAAAUACACAUCUCAGUGGAAUGCCAGAGAAUCGAACUCGUGGCCACUAAGGUAGCACCCCAACACCAUGCUGACCACGCCACUGAGGUGCUGACAGCUGAAGUUUGUCUUUCUGAAACAAGAAUAUGACAGCUUAAGUUUUCCUCUACGAAAUGAGAACAGGACAGCUGAAGUUUGCCCUCCAAAACAAGUACAUAUACAAAGUUUUUGGGAAAUGGCAUACACCCAUGCACCUUUUCAUGAGCAUUUUCAUUACUGGUAGCAGCUUCCAUUACGGACACAGCCUUCCUGUUGAUAUCUCAGCUGAUUUUUGUGGAAUCUCGAAACUCUCUACAUCAUUCAGAGAUAUUCCUCUCAAAGAUGUUAGUUUCAACUGAAUCUCUGUAAGAACCUUCCAUCCUCAGGCUGUACUUGGCAGAAUGGGUCAAGAUUUUAUCAGUGGUUUGAGGAAGAGCCUCCCUCUUUUUGGACAAAUGGAUUUAUUCCUGUAAAUGGAAAUAUAUACAACUUUAUUUCAUUAUGUAGUUAUUUCUUAUAAGGCUGGACCUCUCAGAAGUGAGUAUUUUCCAGAACCAGAACACGAAAGAAAAAUUCCAUGCUGUAGAUGGGACAGCCCUUUGGUCCUCUGCAUUGAGAUGUAGAUGGGACAACCCUUUUGUCCUCUGCAUUGAGUUGAAAACACAAACCCAUACAAUUCAUCUUCACUUUAACCCUGGCAACCACAGGUUCAUGGCCACAUAGAUUAUCAGUUUAAGUAUCACCAUAGAAACUGGCGAAAGAAAGUUUCUCUUCUUGCUUGACUGUAGACUCAACUGCUUCUAAAGGUAAUGAGGUACUUCUGUGUCCCACCUGAACACUGGAAGUAUGUUGUAGCCACUUGCUUGGCUUGACUGUCCUACUGGUGCUUCUUUGUCCUGUGACAAAAAUUACCAAGUAAGUAAUUUGCAUUUUUCUUGUGUAAACAAACUUACGCUUUCAUAAAUGAAGUAUUCCAGCACAUCUCGUAUUUUGGCUGUGUACCAACUGAAAAAAAAACACAAGCCUAUCAAUUAGGCUGGGACAUCACCCUGACUCUACUAGCCUAGCUCAUACUUUAUGCUUCCUGCUGUGCUCACAUAUGGUUGUUCUUAAGUGAGGGGAACACUUUGUGCUGACAUGCUUUUUGCAACAUUUCUCCUUGUGUCUGAAACUGAAUUCUGUGCCGCUGUGAAACCUUUACCUAUUGCGCUGUUGGUGCUAGUAGCCUGGUGUCAAUUCCUGAGUUUAUAAUGGGUUGGCGUGUUGUUAAUUUUGAGAAGCUACGAAAGCGCUAGUACGUCGGUUCGGAAGACCAGCGUCAUGUCUUGGUGCCAGGUCCUUGAGAUUCUCGAGGGAUAAAAGCUUCAGUUAGUGGCUUGCUAGGCCUAUCCUAAUCUAUCACUGAAUAUAAUAUCAGUGAUUUAGUCAUUUGGUCCCUGCCUUUAUUUGAUAUCUUUGGAGCAGCCCUGCGAGUUGUAUUUCAUAGGGGUUCCUCCAGCUACCACCCAGGGGACGCGUCUGGUAGGAGUUUUCUCUCGCCAAGACGCCCCAUAAAUCAGUCAAAAUACUGAGAGAGAAAGGAGACUUUUCACUCUCUUUAAUUUGAAGUCAAGAGGUUUGCACAUAAGCUCUUUCUACCUUCUGUGUCGUGUUGGAAAUACCUUUAGUAUACCUCUUCCUGCUCCUACUUAGAGAUCUCAUAUAGAUAACUGGUGGCUCUGCUUCCAACAGUUACCCUGUCAGUGCUAAGCUUACCCCAAGUUGGUAGCUAAUUAUGUAUGAUACAUGUGCUGGACAUCUUAGAUUUCCUCUUAAGAGGUUGUCAACUCUCAUGAAAAAUUCACCAUCACAGGACCAGAGGACGUUAUGUCAGUGGUUUGUUUGAUAACAGGGACGUUUUUUUAUCGUACGUACAAACCACUGCUGUAUGCUUUGGUAACCCGUAAAAAGGGAUUUUUUUGUUGACCUGAGGCUUAGUACUGAAGGAAGUGGGUCAGUGUUAACAACCAAGUAGUAGACACCACCCUACUUACAAAUGAGUUGUUUUGGAUGCCCGUUUGUAUGUUGAAUUGUUUACAAGUUGGUAACUACUCUUCAAGCCUAUUUAAGUACAGUAUGAGAUAAAUUCAGUACAGUACUGUAUGUUUUCUCACCCCAAAACACAGAACACUGUACAUACAGCACUGUUUGUACAGAAAUACAAACUCAAAACUAAAUUUGAACUUACCGGUGGUAAAGGGAACAGUUAUAAUUUUCGAUCCCAUUUGUUUGCAUCUCUGAAUGUUUACAAGUUGAAUGUUUCGUAAUUAGGGUGGUUUCCGUAGUUCCAUGAGGCCAUGGGAGUCGCAUCACUCGAUUCCAACUGGGCUCACCCACAGGAAUUUUGCUCUGAAACAAGAAUUGAAAAUGAAACCAGCUGAAAUCAAUGUGGCUGUGCAACCAACGCUUCGCAUCCAAAGUACUAUAGGGCGAAGGUGCUUAAAGUGAUAGAUAAGAAAUUCACAACCUCGUGAUAAACAGUUCUCUGCUGGGUGCUGAUGAGCAAAAACCGCCGUUAACCGAAACUCAGCGAUUUAUACAACUUAUGGCGCCAAGUGUCGGUUAAUGGCGCCUCUGUCAGGUCUGUUAUGGUGCCAUAACUCUAUUAACGGCACCUUAUGGCGCAGAUAACCGAAACUCGGCCUGUUAUGGCACGGCACUAGACGAGCAUCAUAAAACCAGAUCGCCAUUAAACGAGUCCGCCGAUAACCAGGGACUACCUGUAACAGUAAACUCUAUUUCUGUGUAAAAUAAAAAAGCAAAGACAUUCAGGUGUUCCUCAUCAGUGUUUACAUUAAAACACCGAAGACGUGCUGCGAUCAUAAUACGUCGUACAAUGUAACAACAGUAUACAGGCAGUCCCUGGGUUACGACGGGGGUUCCAUUCUUGAGACUCGUUGUAAGCCGAAAAUCGUCGUGGAACAUCAUAAAAAAUCCUAAGAAAACCUUACUUUUAAUACUUUGGGUGCAUUGAAAACUAUGUAAACUGCAUUCUUAAUGCAUUUUUCAUGAAAAAAACCCUUCAAAUAUUGACUAUUUGGCAUUUUUGGUGUCAUAUUUCUUCUGCCAGAUUAGCGUUGUAGGCGUCGUAACCCUGGAAAUAAUUUCUGAUGAAUAUAAUUGAAAAGCGCCUUAACCUCGGAACUUCGUAAGUCUAACCCAGGGACUGCCUUGUAUUUUCAUAUCUAUUUACGGUCGUUGAAUCCAGUAUUCAUACAUUGCAUGUGUGUCGAAUUCAUCAAUUUGUCAAUAAUUGUUAAAAACCUGUUACAUAGUUAAGUGAACAAUUUUAGUUUUAAAUUUAGAAGCUGCAAAGUAUUUUAUAUAUGUAAAAUAUUUUAUAUAUGUAAAGUUCAACAGUUAAAAUCCACUGAUUUGUCUAUGAUUGUGAAAAAUCUGUUCUGUGAUUAUUAAGUGACCAUUUUUAUUUCUAAAUUCAGAAGCUACAGAACAUUUUAUAUAUGUACAUUUAAACUUAAAUUACACCCUAAACAAGCUCUGUAUACUGUAGUGUGUUACGACCAAUAGUGCCUCUGUAUUUGUACAUCUAUACACUCGUUACUCUAGGUCUGGAUUACUUGGGGAGUUCAAAAUGCCAAAAUAUAUAUGUAUCUGUCAAGGUUUUUAGUAUAUGGACAGACUGUAGCUCUCCAAAUAUUAAUAUCUUCUUGAAUGCAUAAUCCCUGGUCUAUGUGAAAAGGGGAAAGUUGGGUAAAGACCUCUUUUAGCUAAAGGGAUUCUGUAGACUCUGGGGGUAAUGUUCGAUCUGCAUAAACGUACAGUCAGCGACAGAGAAACGGCGGCCAAGACCAGAGAUGGCUCGGUAGAUGGAAUUGGAAUAGAAAUUUAGGCACAAGACAAAGCGCUGACACCUAUGAGGUUAUUCAGUGUGAAAGGGAAAUUGAAAGUAAAAUGGUUUCAAAGGUGUAACAAGAGGAAAACCUCACAGUUGCAUUACGAAACAACUGUUGGGAGAGAGUUGAAGGAAGUAGGAUGGAUGAAAGAGAAUAUGAAAGGAAAAACAGGAAAAGGAACGAAAGGGGUUGUAGGUAGGGGCUGAAGGGACAUGCUGCAAGACCCUUAAAUAAUGCCUACAGUGUAUCACAUGAGGUGCACUGACAGCACUACCCCAAAUUGAUAGAUUUUACCAUCACAAGCUGACUCAUUAAUCCUAUAUCCCAUUGCAGUCUGACUGAAAAUUUUCAAACGUCAUCUCAGGAUUCAAGUGAAUGUGAUAGAAUACUAUGGGAAGUAGGCAUCUGAAAUAGGAAUAUAUAAUUUAGGCCAAAUACAUAGCACUGGGACCUAUGAGGUCAUUCAGCGCUGAAGGGGAAAUUGACACUUAAGAAGGUUUGAAAGAUAUAACGGGAAGAAAAUCCCGCAGUUGCACUAUGAAAACAUUGUUGGUGGGAAGUUAUAUGGAAGAAAGACAACGUGAAUAGAGGUACAGUAAAAGGAAUGAAAGUGGUUGCAGAUAGGGGCUGAAGGGAUACUGAAAGACACUUAAGUAAUGCCUACAGUGCACCACAUGAGGACACUGAUGGCACUACCCCCUACAGGGAGGAAGUAGGCAUUUGUAAUGCUGCAAUCUUGUCUGAAGAUGCCGUAAGUAUUGAGAUAUCCUUCCAGAAUCCAGAUCAAGAAUGCCGACUAUAAUCCAUACUGUAUGAAAAAGACUACUAGAUCAUUUUUCUGUUAGACCUAACCUUUUGCCUAAACAAAUCAAGUUACUGUACUGUGAUAAAUUAUGAAAUGUGUAUGUAGGUGAAACUGUAUUUUAUUUGCUGCAUAAAAUGUAUAAUGUAGGUGUUGAAAUUGCUGUAACUUUCACCAGAUGACUUAGACAUUGCAAAAAUGUGCCAACUUAUUCUUUUAUACAAAUAUAUAUCUUUGCUACUUAACUUGGGCAGAAAGAAUUAUUGUAGAGUACUGUAAAAUAUAUGUUACAAAACAGA